UUUUUUUUUGGCCUCCACUCCCCUUGUGACUUUUCUGAAAACAUAUUUAAAUAAACGUUUUUAAAGAUCUGGGAGAGAUUUUUUUCCUUUUUUCUUUUCUUUUUCUCUUUAUUCAUCGAUUUAUAUAAAUAUUCAAAAUGACUGGUCGUGGAAAAGGUGGUAAAGGUCUCGGAAAGGGUGGUGCCAAGCGUCACAGAAAGAUUCUUCGUGAUAACAUUCAAGGUAUUACCAAGCCUGCUAUUCGUCGUCUUGCCCGUCGUGGUGGUGUCAAGCGUAUCUCUGGUUUAAUCUACGAAGAAACCCGUGGUGUCCUCAAGGUCUUCCUUGAAAACGUUAUCCGUGAUGCCGUUACUUACACUGAACAUGCCAAGAGAAAGACUGUUACUUCUUUGGAUGUCGUCUAUGCUUUGAAGAGACAAGGCCGUACUCUCUACGGUUUUGGCGGUUAAAUAUGCUUUUUUUUUUGGUUUAAAACGAUAAACAAAAAAAAAAACCAACAACAACAAAUAUCAGCCAAUAUCACUCACAAGACAUUUACAACAAAUACUCAUUGCUGCUCAUAUCAAUUAUAAAUAUUACCCCUACCAACUUCGAACACCUUUGUUUCUACUUAACAAAGUCGAUCCCCCCCGUUCCCUUUUUUUCCCUUUAUUAAACUUAUUUUAUUGCUUAAAUCCCAACUUUUUUCUUUUUUCCCUUUUCUAAUUGCAAGUUUUUCAUGUAAAUAGCUUCAUAUAAUAAAAACAAAAAAAGGUUACAAAAACGGAAACACCCAU